AUGUGGCACGGCCCGUUUCGUGUGAUCGAGAAGUGCGGGGAACAUGCAGUGCGGUUGGAGGUACAAGGGGCCCCAUACCGGUUAUUCCCACUCGUUCACGUAUCCAAGCUGAAGCUAGCACAGAUUUUCCCUGGUCGACCUGCUGCGCGGCUGGAGGUGAAGGAAACAGAGCGUGUUGAUUUUGACAAAGCUCUGCUUCCAGAGGACAGCUGGGAAAACGAUCUAGCCGAAGGAGAAUACGAGGUGGAUAUUAUUCGAGAUGUGAGAACAGGACGAAAGACUCGGUACGGAGGGGAACACUGA